AUGUCGAUACGGGCUGUCAUCUUCUUGAUCCUGCUUUUCACCCGAGUUUGUAUGCCGAGCCCGGCGGUAACAUCGCAUCCUGCUACUCCUACCUUCCGUCGACACAACGAUGCUAGGAUCGACAAGCGGGCUGUAACAAGACUCGCCACCGAACUCUCGACAUGCGGCUACUUGAAUGGUGACCCGAAACUCCCCCGUACAGCAGACCGUGGAUACAAUUGUCGGGUGGAUACACAAAACGGCCUCUGGGGUUUCUGUCCCACAUCGGUCCUUGUUGCAUCCGACUGCGGACUGGCGGGUAGCUGUGAGGACCACCACGGGUGUUCUGAUGGAUGCGGUUUGACGGAUAAAGAGGACCUGACGACGUUUACCUGCGACUCGAAAGCCUACUGCUCAACAGCCCUCUUGACCUUUGGUGUUGAUCAGACCUACUCCUAUAUCGCAUGCGGAGCAGGGCCGAGCACCGAUCAUUAUCUCAUCUCGCCCACCGCCGUCGCGGAGUCAGCCUCGACACCGACAACAACUUCCCGACAACCUUCAACCACAAAUUCCGCGACCGAGUCUGAGCACGGGUCCACGUCUUCGAGCCAGAACCUCGAGCCCAGUGUGCCGAGUAGUAUCCCUUCGUCAAGCGGCACCGCCCCUGCUACGGCCAGCUCCGACCAUUCUUCAUCCAACACAGGCUUCAUCGUCGGGGGCGUCAUCGGCGGACUGGCUCUUCUGUGCGCUUUCGGCAUUGCUGCCAUAUAUCUACUGCGAAGGGGCCACGGGCGACAACAGAGUGCCGAUACCGUGAGGCGUCAGACGGACCACCACCCGUUGGCCGUCGAGGAGCAGAAACCCCACCGACUCGCCGGAGGAUGGGGGCCGCAGGAGCUCUCGGAUCACGGGAACCCGGCGGCUAGGAGUCCGGUCGAGUUGGCGGGUUGA